AUGCCACGACCUGCUUCCACCUUGGGCGCCGACGUCUGGAUGAGAGGAACGUGGUGGCGCCUGAAAAACCUGGAGACACCAGAAACCCUGGAUCCCCAGAAGAGUUGUUAUUCCCGCUGUCUGUGCUGUAGGUGUGAAGGUGCGUGCUGCACAUCCCGGUUUCCAGCAUGGGACAAAGACUCAGAGAGGCACCUGCUGGGAGUCUCAGGCAAUGGGACCCAGUGGCGGGCAUGUGGGCAGCUGCCCCAGGUGGAAGGGAUCUUGGCACAGCCCUUGGUUUCCCAGGUGGAAGGGAUCUUGGCACAGCUCUUGGUUCCCCAGGCUGACCCUGACCUUCAUGCUUUUCUGCCCAUGGCCCAGACUUCGAGCUCCAUGUUGGGGAUGCUCAGGGACAACCCUUCAGCCUCCCCCACCAUGUCCCGGCUACUGUCCAGGGUUCUUGUUCUCUGGAGGGUGGAUCCAGCCCUCCCCAUCUUGGUGCCCUACCAGGGCCAGGCUUCCCGUGGCUCUUUCUGCAGCCCCUGGCACGGACUGUGGGGUGCACAGCCCGGGGAGCAGUGGGCCUUGGAGGGGCCAGGUCUGCAUGUUCCCACCCCCACCAUGGAGUUUGACACACCAGUGGGCAGGUAA